GAAGGGCAAACAACAGGGAACACUCAUAGAGUGAGAGGAUAUGCCUUGUGGGAAGGGACUCACAGUCUGACUCCUGGCACAAGACACCCCAAGAGUCACCCCGUGUGCCUUAGAGUGUUGUCCAAGCGCUUCUUGAACUCUCAGAUUUGGUGCUGUGACCACUUCCUUGGGGAGACUGUUCCAGUGCUCGAUCACCCUCAGGGUGAAACUUUUCCCGAUAUCCAAGUGUAGACACCCUGGCAGGUGUUUUUACCCGGACUUUUCAGUGCUGGGAUUUGGGUGCUGAGCUCGGCAGGAGCACAAGCCCGGGAGAUCCGGGGGGAGGCGGCUGCAAGGUGACAGGUUGUGCUCCUGACGUGUGUGGCCUGGGCGUGUGCUCACCAAACACUCCGGAGAGCGGAGCGAAAGGCGACUGGAAGGAGAAAAGUGGCUGGAGGGGGAGCGUAUCUGUGUGGCGACAGAAACUGGUCACAACUCCAGCCGUAAAUUGGAAGCUCACUGUGGUGAAAUUGCAUAGUACCUAAGUAUGCUCUGAUAGGGGCUUGCUUGGUGUGCUGUGUUUUUUCUGACACCGUGGUGAGAUCUCAACAGCUGUAAAUUGUGAACUCUGGGUGGAGUUAAGCCCAAGUGCUGCUACAGCUACCUGCGGGGCAAAGUGCUGCUUUCUCUGUGGUGUCUCUCAUCGGGAGUUUGCAACACAGCUACUGUCAGAUUGCUCCGUCUUUGGGUUUAGGUGGCUGUUGUGCAGUUCGCUUGCCCUCGCACACCUCUAUCUGUAGAAGUCUUAAAAGGGCGUGACACAACUGGUUUGCUUGACAGACAGUGAACUCUGCAAAGGCAUUUCGGGGGAAGUCAAAUGCUGAGGGAUCAAGGGGAAUAAGUAGAUAAAUACACGGAGAGCAUGGCAUUAAUCUUUGGACCGACUUUUGGGGAAAAAGAUUUGGGAGUGAAGGAAAGAUGAAGUUGGAGACAUUUGAGCAAGUCACUUCUGUAAUACAUCCUAAAGUUGAGUGUUUUGUGCAGAUAGGAGGUCUCUAAAUUGGUUCAUACUGACAUGGAUUCCUUGGCUUACCAAUUUCAGAAUGCUGUGGGAGUUCUUUUGAUCUGCCAGUAGACUCUGCAAGUGAAUGAGAGCUUCCCUCUACAGAACUGAGGUGAAGAGCUUCACCAUGGGUCAACAGAUUUCAAACCACACACAAACUGUAAUUAACAAGUUGCCAGAAAAAGUAGCAAAGCAUGCCUCUUUGGUUCAAGAAAGUGGUUUCCUAACCUAUGAAGAGUUCCUGGGAAGAGUAGCUGAACUCAAUGAUAUUACUGCAAAAUUGGCUUCUGGACAAGACAAACAUCUGUUAUUUGAAGUACAGCCUGGGUCUGAUUCUUCUGCUUUCUGGAAGGUGAUUGUUAGGAUAAUAUGUACCAAAAUAAAUAAAACAAGUGGCAUCGUGGAAGCUUCCAGAAUCUUGAACUUAUAUCAGUUCACUCAGCUUUACAAAGACAUCACCAGUCAAGCAGCAGGAGUUCUUGCACAGAGUGACACUUCUGAAGAAGCUGCUGAGAGUUGGAUGUCUGUGUCUUCCUGUCAGGCCAGCUUGUGGAUGGGAAGAGUAAAACAGCUGACAGAUGAAGAGGAAUGUUGCAUCUGCAUGGAUGGACGUGCUGAUUUAAUCCUGCCAUGUGCUCACAGUUUCUGCCAGAAAUGCAUUGAUAAAUGGAGUGACCGCCACAGGAACUGUCCCGUGUGCCGCCGGCAGGUGACGGGGGCAGGAGACUCCUGGGUGGUGUCAGAGGCCCCUACAGAAGAUGACAUUGCCACUUACAUCCUCAACAUGGUGGAUGAGGCGGGGCAGCCCCACAGACCCUGACCCUGCCCAGCAGGCUGAUCAUGGCAGAACCACUUGAAGCUUUUGUUGUCCCCAGAGUCUGGAUUUACCUCUCCUUGCCGUUCUUCCAGUCUGUCCUUUCCUUCUCCUCUUGGCUGCUGUGAGUCUGCACUGCUCUCCUGAAGCACAGGCUGUCUGAGCAAGUCUCUGUGUGUGCAGUCUUCGUUAUUAAACUCUUCUAUCAGCAAACUCUUUGCUCAUUAACACAGUUUACUUUAACAGCGGCGUUUGAUAUUAAUUAACAGUUCAAGUACUCGAUGGAUCAACUUGUAACAGCACAACUACAACUGCAAACUGCUGUUUGAGCAUCACAGUGUACUGCUACAGAGAUGAACCAUGGCAGAUGGCUUGACCUCACAGUUCCCACCCUCCAAAGCAGUCCCUUAUUCACAGCUAAUGUGAAUGAAGAUGAUGAGUUAGCACUAGUGGUUAUUAAUUUGAAAUUUUACUGUUGAAACUUGAAGAUGUCCCACUGCCUGUUCUUCAGUAGGAAGUUAUUGCUGCUCUUAGUGUUUACAUAUACUUAAUCUGAUUUGUUAUGACUUUUAGUAUUAAUUGUUUUAAAUCUGUUUCGGAGAGUGUAGGCACAUCUGUAAAUGUAUUUGUGCACUUCCCCUUAUUCUAACAAGACUUAUCUCUUAGAAUAUUUUUUUAAAUAUGAUAUUUAGCAUAGUCUUACUAGCUUGGAAACAUGAAACAGUUUCAUACACAAUCCUAAAAGCAGUAAAUCAGCUUCCCAGUAGUUUUUGAUAAAGAAAAGCUAAAACUAUUUCUAAACAUUGGGCAUAUCUGAAGAGAAUGCCUUUAUUUGAAUUAGCACUUAAGGUGUAGUUUAGUCUGAUGCUGUGGUUUUAUCUGUUCCUCUUGAGUUAUUGAAGUGAUGAGAUCAGAGUUAAAAGGUAUAUGAAGAGCUACAAGUGAUAAUCUAAGUAAGGGUGCUCUACUUUAUAUCUACAAGUGCAAUAUGCUUUUAUGUAGCAGAGGGAAACUUCUUUAACAAUAAUGUGGCUUGGAGAGAGAUGUGCAUGUGACAGCUUGGAAAAGGGGUAUCAUAACUGGAGUGCAACAGUAUUUUGUGUCUAGCAGAAUAAAGUCUUUAAAGAGCUGAGUUUAGACAGUCUAAAAUAGUAUUCAGGAAACCCAUCUUAAGCAUCUUGUGCAUAAAUAGCAUUAUGGAAAUGAAUGGCUACUGUAGAGAAUUAAUUUAUAUAUAUAUAAACAAAUACUACUUUUUCUCACUCAGUAACCUCAAGUUAAAAUAUUCAAGUGUAGCAUUUGAGGGAGUAUCAGCAUAAACAUUACUUACUGUGAGACUGCAUUUUUCCUUGCCAUACCUGUUAAAAUUCCAUGAGGCUUAAGUCCUUUUGUCACAGACAGGUUCUGAACUAAAAGGCAUGUGCACGUGUAGAUAUGCACAUUUUGGUUAUUUUUCUUAAUUGGCUCCAAAAUAACUUAAUUACAUCAAUUUGUUAAAGAAUGUACAUGGGAAAUGGCUUGAGGUGUGGCUUUGAGCUUGACUUGUGACACCAUUGUCAGAUUUACCAUAGGUUUUAAGCCAGAGAAGCAAUGUACCCUUCAUGUGUCUGUCAUCUGAGAGCCAGUAUUUUAGUGUGUAAAUCUGUAUUUAGCUAUGGAAAAAUCCUUUUAUUAGGAGUGUAUAUAACUGAGAUUUUUUUUCCCCUCCUCCUUUCUUAAGCCAUUGAUAGCAAUGAGAUAUUCAGUAAAUGUAUGGAGUGUUUGGUUGCAUAAAGGUGGUUAUUGUUUGGAAAUUGUUACUGGCCCAGGAUUUCCCAUGAAAACAUGUGCAAAUAUUCCUAAUCAUGCACCAGUUUGGUUUCUUUUUGCUUUUUUGAGCUUGCAUUAGUCCAUGUUCAGAACUUUCAAAUAACCUUUGAAUUUUUUAAACUUUUUAUAUCACUGGAACAGAAAGAACAUCUAAAUGAAAGCUUCAAGCUAACUUUAUUUUUCAAGUACUUCAAGAAUUAUACUUCUGAACUGAGAUUUUAUAAGUUGACUUUCUGCUGAGAACUUACAUGAACUUCUUAAAAUGUAAUUUUAUAAUGAUGCAAACAGGUUAUUAAUUGCAGCAUAAUGACAAUUACAAUAUAAACUAAUGCAAAAAUUAUUUAAAUAGUGAAAAAGUAAACUUUUUAUUCUGUACAGCUUUUUUAAAUUAAGUUGCUGUAAUUCACACUGCUGUGAUGUAGAUACUGUAAUGUGUGCCUUGUAAAAUAUAUGUACUGUAUGUUAUAUGGAGAAAUAGAUACUUUAACACUAAAAAACUAGUAAUUUGGUACUGGUUGGUAUUGCUUAGUCUGGAGUGCAACAUUUAGCAAACAAUUUUGGAAAAGGAAUCCAUUGGCAUGGACAUGGCAAUGAGUUCCAGAAGCCAGACCUUGAAAAUGUGAAUUACUGCAAAUAGCUGUUGAUGGGGCAGGGGGGCAUUAGAACAAAUUAACUUGUGUUAAGUGAACAUUUCUUACAGGUUUAAUGUGAAAUUGUAACUCAAACAUUAGAGAUGGUAUUAAUAGCUAAGAACAUUCCACUAUAUUAAACUUUGUGUAUGAAUUGUGCAAUAAAGUUACUUUGAAAGAAAUGUCAGAGUUCUUUUAAGCUUAAGGGAUCCUUGGCUUUAGUACCGCUGAAGUCUGAAAACUGAGUUUUGAGCCAAAUACAAUUGCACUGUACAGGUGGUGUGGUUAAAAGUGUGGCACUGUGGGUCAGAGCUCUCUUAAACUUUGAAGAGUUUAAGAAUCAAUAAGGUAUUUAAGUAUCAAUUAAUUAAUUCUUAUUAAAUAUCAAUUAAGUAUUUAAGUAUCAAUAAGGUACCUGAAUGCAGCUCUCAAAAAAAACAAACAACAAAAAAAAAACUGGCUCAAAUUUGACCUCUUGUAGGUACACAAAUAAACUGGAACAUUCUGCAGUGAUGGGAAAAAUGAACUCCAAUUCUUAGAGAACAUAUUGAGGAGCAGGUUUGUUCAGAGAAAGGAUUUUUAUUUUCAGAGAAUUGUGACACACUUUUUCCCUAAGUUAAUUCAUCAUGUUUCUGAUGGUAGUUUAAAGUGUAAGAAUGCUAAGGUUUGGGAUAUUUUUUUCUUAAUUUUUCCUCAUUUUAAGUAAGUAUUGAGAUAUAUAAUUAAUGUAACUGUUUCCUUUGUCUAGUUACUUGGCUUAUCUGUUUGGAUCUUUCGAAGCCAAGGCAGAAAUGGGAGAGAAAUUAAUUAACAGAUUAGGAAAUUAGAAUGGAUAAAAUGACCAGUUGUCAGGCACAGCAGGAGGUAGGUGUACCAGAGCAAUUAGCAAACCUUUAUAUUCACUAGGUCUGAAGUUUAGGCACCAUAUCAAUGUGAUAGGAGUGGCUCCUUUUUGUUGUGGGAAAUGGUUUAUUUACCUUAUCUUUCCUUUAAAGAAAAUUCUAUACAUAAUUAGAAAUCCAUCCAUUUACUAAUCCAUACUCUUUCCCUUUCUGGAAACCAGGGCAACCACUGAGGUCUCUGUGUUACAGGUUUGAACUGAGCUCUUCAGUCCCACCCUGUAGAGCUGUAUGUGCCAAAUGCAUUAUUUUUGGAAGGAACAUAUUGGUUCUUUGUGCUUUGCAUCCAGCUACACCCUGGAAGAACAGCCCUCUCAGGAAGCCCUAAGGAUGUGUUUGAUGUAAGUAGGAGCUGUAUGUUAACUUGGCUGGCCUUAGUCCUUACACUGCAUAUAUAUAAUGCUUUAAUUUUGUAUUCACACAUUGUAAUAGGAGUAAUGUGACAGUAACUAAGUAUUUUCUUUGGGCUUCUGUUGUUAAGUCAUCCUUGAAGAUAACUUGCCAGAGGUUUUAUCCUCACCUGUUUUAAGUGGGUGAACAGAAUUCUGCUUUAUGAGUGUGACUUAAACAUCAGUCAUUUCAAAACUGAAUUUUUGUUAACUGUCAUUUCUUCAGACGCUUCUUUCCAAGGCAAAGAAUUUAUCAUACAGCAAUAUUUUUUAAGGACUUAAAACUUAUCCUGCUGGGAUGUGUCACUGGAAUUAGCCUGGAUGGAGCUGUGUGCUUUUCCAGUGACCACAGUGGGGGAUCACCAGGUAACAUUUUGCUCUGAGCCAGCCAAUGUUACAUCUGUGAGGGAUGGGACAGCACAAGAUGUUAGUUAACAGAUCUUUACUUACCUCACUAACCCAUCAAAAUUCAAAUAGUAAACACUGGGCAUGGGGUUUGUAGGCCUAAUAUUAAAAGGAAUUACAAGUUUUUUUAACUUGGCUAGAACUUUGCACAGUGUGUGUCUGCUGGAACAAAGAAUACAAUCCAAGAGGUGAUGAAAUGAGCAUCCUUCUUUGAUUCUAAGUGCUAUUUAAAAAUGUUCCAUGUUUUCAGAAAGUAAGCCUAAAGUAUUUGGAAGCCUGCACCUCUGAAAUGUGUAAGUGUAAGAAGGUAGGAGGAGUUUGAUGCAACAAUCUGUGCUUCCAUGCUGAUGCGGUUCUGACCCAUUUUAACAGAUCUUCAAAAACUACUUUUUAUGUGAGGCAGUCCCUAUCCAUCAUGGUGAAUGAUUAAUGAAGGGGUUGUGUUGGUGUCUCACUGUUAUUCAGAUUGUCUCAGGAUUAUACAGACUGUGCUGUUUAUCAGUGUUUUGUGUUGAGUGCUUUGAGAGGCGUGGGGGAGAAAUGCACAUUUCUCAGUUACAGAUGAACUGUACUCCUGUGCUUCACCAGUGCUACUCAUGUACAGAAAUACUGAUUUUUGUACUGAA